GAGACAGAAGAGGAAGAGAGGCAGAGGGGGUGGUUUUACAGUUUUCAUUUAAAGUAAAAAUACAGAAGUAAGAGAGAGAGAGAGAGAAUAGAGUCAAAGUCAGAAAAAUAACGUUCUCCCCACUGGAAAGUGGGCUUAGAAACUCCAUGCAGGCAUGGCUCCGUGGACGACGACCUCGUCAGCGCGGUACGGAGUCGUGAAAUGGAACUUUGUCGGCAAAAGAGAAGAACAUCUUUCCCUGGAAGUGGGAGAUACAGUCCACAUCCAGGAGGUCUGCGAAGGAUGGUACAGAGGUUAUUUGACGCGGAACAAAACUCAACAGGGAGUCUUCCCAGUCAGCUUCGUCCAUCUCAAAGAGGUCAUCAUUGAGAAACGAGGAAAUGAAGAAGUGGUGGUGUCUGCAGAGAUGCCUCUGGUGAAGGAGGUGACCACCACUCUGAGGGAGUGGGGCAGCAUCUGGAAGCAGCUGUUUGUGGCCAAUAAAGAGGUGCGUGUGAAGCAGAUCCAGAGGCUGAUGUGGGAGCUGAUGGAGUGGCGCUCUCAGCUCCUGUCUGGCACCCUGCCAAGUGAUGAAUUCAAGGAGCUCAAACAGAAAGUUACUUCCAAGAUUGAUUAUGGCAACAAGAUCCUGGAGCUGGACCAGGUGGUUCGAGACGAGAAUGGAAACAUCUUGGACCCAGAGCGAGCCAGUGUCAUCAGUCUCUUCCGGGCUCACGAGGAGGCCACGGCCAAGAUCAAUGAGCGCAUCAAAGAGGAGCAGUCCAACAUCCAGACAGACCACAGUGGGAUCUCCGCUCGGAUCCAGUCGUCUCCCACCCACAGCCUCUACGUCUUUGUCAGGAACUUUGUGUGUCGCAUCGGCGAGGACUCUGAGCUCUUCAUGUCGCUCUAUGAUCCCAUCAAACAGACCAUCAUCAGUGAGAACUACUUGGUUCGUUGGGGCGACAAAGGUUUCCCCAAGGAGAUCGACAUGCUGAACAACCUGAAGGUUGUCUUUACAGACCUGGGGAACAAGGACUUGAGCAGAGAGAAGAUUUAUCUGAUCUGUCAGAUAGUGAGAUUGGGCAGGAUGGACUUGAAAGAGGCAAACAACAAGAAGUUCACUCAGGGCCUGAGGCGACCUUUUGGAGUGGCAGUGAUGGACAUCACCGAUAUCAUGAAAGGGAAGACUGAAUGCGAUGAGGAAAAGCAGCAUUUCAUCCCAUUCUUCCCGGUUGUGGCCGAGAAUGACUUUCUCCACACCUUGCUGAACAAAGUGACAGCGUCUCGAGGAGACAGUGGCGGCCAAGGUCUGUGGGUCACCAUGAAGGCUCUGGUCGGCGACAUCGUUCAGAUUCGGAAGGAAUACCCUCACCUGGUGGACCGCAGCACCGUGGUUGCCCGAAAACUGGGGUUCCCAGAGAUCAUCAUGCCGGGAGAUGUCCGAAAUGACAUCUACCUCACCUUACAGGGCGGCGACUUUGACAAAUACAACAAGACAACGCAGAAAAACGUGGAGGUCAUCAUGCUGGUCUGUGAUGAGGAGGGGAAAGUCAUACAGAACUCCAUCUGUCUGGGAGCCGGGGAUAAGGCGGUCAGUGAGUACAGGUCCGUCAUCUAUUAUCAGAUCAAGCAGCCCCGCUGGAUGGAGACAUUCAAGGUGGCAGUCCCUCUGGAAGAAAUGCACAAAAUUCACUUGCGCUUCAUGUUCAGACACCGCUCUUCCCAGGAAUCCAAGGACAAGAGUGAAAAGAACUUUGCUAUGGCCUUUGUGCGGCUCAUGAAGGAUGAUGGGACGGUUCUACAGGAUGGCCUGCACGAUCUCGUGGUCUUCAAGGGAGACAGCAAGCGCAUGGAGGAUGUAAACUGCUACUUGUCUUUGCCCUCGACCCGACACCACCACGGCGAGCCCCACAAGGGGGCGGGGCUGGGCCGCAGCUCCAGCAGCGUGUCCGGGAGUGGAGGUCUGUCCGUCAGCUCCAGGGACAGCUUCAGCAUCUCCACCCUGGUCUGCUCCACCAAACUCACCCAGAACGUGGGACUGCUGGGACUCCUCAAGUGGAGGACUCGUCCUGAACUGCUCAGAGAAAACCUCGAGAAACUCAGAAACAUCGACGGAGAGGAGGUGGUCAAGUUCCUGCAGGACACACUGGACGCUUUGUUCAACAUAAUGAUGGAACAUUCACAGAGUGACGAUUACGACAUCCUGGUGUUUGACGCCUUGAUAUACAUCAUUGGUCUGAUUGCUGACAGAAAGUUCCAGCACUUCAACACGGUGCUCGAGGCCUACAUCAAGCAGCAUUUCAGUGCCACGCUGGCCUACAAAAAGCUGAUGUCGGUGUUGAAAAGAUAUCUGGACGUGUCCAGCCGUGGAGAACAGUGUGAGCCUAUCCUUCGAACCCUCAAAGCCCUCGAAUACAUCUUCAAGUUCAUCGUUCGUUCACGCAUGCUGUACUCGCAGCUGUACGAGGGGAAGGAGCAGGCGGAGUUCGAGGACUCGCUCAAGAGACUUUUUGAGUCCAUCAACAACAUGAUGAGAACCGACUACACCACCACGCUGUUGCUCAGGGUCGCGGCGCUGAAGUACCUGCCAACAGUCCUGCAUGAUGUUGAGAAAGUAUUUGAUGCCAAACUCCUCAGUCAGCUGCUGCACGAUUUUUAUUCCUGCAUCCCCCCAGAGAAGCUUCAGAACCCAAAAGUGGCCUCCAUGACUGAAAUCGUCAGCAGCCAGCUCUUCCAGAAACAAGAAUGCCGAGACGUGUUGUUACCCAUGAUGCUGAGAGAGUUGAGCGGGACACUAGCGACCAAGACCGAUGGGCCUCACGAUGAGAGGAAGAACUGUUUGGAGCUUCUCAACAACAUCCUGGAGGUCCUCAGCAGGGAUAAUGUGGGGGACACAUCCAAACACAUCCAGGACAUUGUGGCGUCUCUGCUGAGGAUCAUCAACGGGACGGUCAUCAUGAUGGGUCGAGAGCACGCUCUGAUGUCAAGAGUUGUCGCCUGCAUGACUGCCAUCCUCAGUCAGAUGGAUGAUCAUCACUAUGCUACGUACAUAGAAACCUUCACUGGAACCUCUGAUCUAGUGGAUUUCCUGAUGGAAUCGUUCCUACUCUUCAAAGACCUGAUUGGGAAACAAGUGGUGUAUCCAUCAGACUGGAUGGCGAUGAUCAUGGUUCAAAACAGAGUGUUCCUGAGAGCCAUCAAUACCUACGCCAACACUAUGAACCAAAAGUUCCUCACUAACGAUGACUUUGAAGUGCAGUUGUGGAAUAACUACUUCCACUUGGCGGUGGCGUUUAUUACCCAGGAGUCCUUGCAGCUUCAGCAUUUCUCGCCAACCAAGAGGAACAAGAUUCUGGCCAAGUAUGGAGAUAUGAGACGGCUUAUCGGCUUCGCUAUACGUGACAUCUGGUACAAGCUCGGCAGUCACAAGAUCCGUUUCAUUCCCGAGAUGGUGGGCCCAAUCCUGGAGAUGACUUUAAUUCCAGAGGAGGAGUUGCGACGGGCCACCAUUCCCAUUUUCUUUGACAUGAUCAUCUGUGAGCAUGCGCACUGUGGCAACUUCCACAAGUUUGAGAAUGAAAUUAUUCUGAAGUUGGACCACGAGGUGGAAGGUGGAGGCGGAGACGAAAGAUACAUGCAGCUGCUGGAGACCAUCCUGCUUGACUGUUCUGCCGAGAAACCCACGCUGAGGGCACAGGUGCAGCACUUUGUAUCCUUGGUGAAGGGACUCCUCAUCCGUCUCCUUGACUACCGCGCUGUGAUGAGCGAUGACAGCCGCAACAACCGCAUGAGCUGCACCGUCAACCUCCUGAACUUUUACAAAGACAUCAAUCGCGAAAGGAUGUACAUCAGGUACCUCCACAAACUGAGGGACCUUCACCUGGAGGGUGAAAACUACACAGAGGCUGCAUACACACUGCUGCUCCACUCCCGUCUGCUCAAGUGGUCGGAUGAGAUGUGCAGCCCCCAGUUUGAGUUUGUCGGCUCCCAAACUCAGAGGCAGCUCAAGGAAACCCUCUACGACACCAUCAUUGACUACUUUGACAAGGGCAAGAUGUGGGAGGAGGCCAUCACUCUGUGUAAGGAACUUGCCGAGCAGUAUGAAAAUGAGAUCUUUGACUACGAGCUGCUCAGCAAAAGACUGGAAAAACAAGCCAAGUUCUACGAGAAUAUUAUGAAGAUCCUGAGGCCCAAGCCAGACUACUUCGCAGUGGGCUACUACGGACAGGGCUACCCACCAUUCCUCAGGAACAAGGUGUUUAUUCACCGGGGGAAAGAGUACGAGCGCAGAGAGGACUUCCAGAACCAGCUGAUGAGCCAGUUCCCCAGCUCUGUGCGCCUCAACAUCACCACCAUGCCAGGAGAUGAGAUCAAAAACUCCCCUCUUCAGUAUAUCCAGUGUUUCACAGUGCAGCCUGUCCUGGAGAUCCCGCCUCGCUUGAAGAACAAACCCGUCCCUGACCAGAUCAUCAACUUCUACAAGUCCAACUACGUCCAGCGAUUCCACUACUCAAGACCUGUGAGAAAGGGACCCGUGGACCCCAACAAUGAGUUUGCUUCAAUGUGGAUCGAGCGCACAACCUUCACCACCGUGUACAAGCUGCCCGGGAUCCUCCGCUGGUUUGAGGCUACUGACAUGAAACAUACCACCUUGUCCCCCUUGGAGAACGCCAUUGAGACAAUGGAGUCAACCAAUGAGAAGAUUCGGACCAUGAUCAACCAGUACCAGGCUGACUGGAGUCUUCCCAUCAACCCCCUGUCCAUGCUGCUCAAUGGCAUUGUGGAUCCAGCUGUGAUGGGAGGCUUUGCCAAGUAUGAAAAGGCUUUCUUUACUGAAGAGUACACUCAGCAGCACCCAGAGGACAGAGACAAACUGCUGUGGCUCAAAGACCUCAUCGCAUGGCAGACCCCAUUACUGGGUGGAGGAAUUUUCCUCCAUGGCAAGAGAGUGACGGACGACCUGCGUCCUUUCCAUGACCGCAUGGAGGAGUGUUUCAAGCAGCUGAAGAAGAAAGUGGAGAAAGAGUACGGAGUGAGAGAGUUGCCAGACUUGGAUGAAAGGAAGUCCACUCGUCCUCGUUCCAUGCUGCACUCCUUCCGUCAGUCCAUCAUCUCAACCUCCUCCCUGCAGGGAUCUGAAUGCAUGACUCCCACCAAGCUGCAUCCUGACAGGGAGCUCCCGCCAGAAUCCCCAACCUCCUGGACCUCCAGUCUGCAGCGCUCCAGCGGCAGCGUCAGUGCCAGUGUGGUGGAGGAGGGCGUGGUGACCGUGGGAGACACAGAGGUCAAACUGAGGAAGAGUAAAAAGAAGAAGAAGAGGAGCAGCAUGAUCUUCAUCACAGAAGAAAGAGACCGGACAAACACUCUGGACUGCAAACGGCUGUCAAAGAAACAGGAGUUCCGCAGUGACACCAACUUGUCUGAGCCAAAUGAAGGAAAUGUGCCGCUGACCAAUGCCAACUCCAGAUCUCUGCCUGCAAUCACAGGUUUGUCCUUAGCGGUAGUUGGAGGUCUGGAGGAAGUGGAGUCCUCCAGAGCCAGAAGAGACAGCAAGAGCAUGUCUGUCUGUGUGACCUCUGACAGAACGGCGGACAGACGCUCCAAAGGCGUCAUCAACCUGCUCUUCAAGUCCAAGGGCUCCAGAUCUGAGGAUGUCAAACCGGGUGAUUCAGCCAAAGACCACUUCUAAGAUCCUUCAUUUAAUUUCUAAUCCCUUCAACGUGCUUUACAUUUGUUUUGCUAAAGGAUCGAAACCUGCUGCCAGAAACCAAAAUUAUGCAGCCCAUCACUCACUGAGCUGGCCUGUCAGUCUCCACUCCUGUUGCUUUAAUAUAAUUGAUUUCACCUAUCAAUAAAGGCUAUUUUUGUUGAGUGACCUUUUUUCCUGGUGAUUUAAAUGAUUCCCACUGAAGCUAAAUGCCACCUUACAGCUUUUCAAUCAAUUCCGCUUCUACAAGAAUGAGCAAAUACAAACCACUGUAGUGACCCGCUUGAUUGAAAAGCUUGUUAUCAUGCGGUUUUUCAGCAUUGCUGUGAGACGAUGAUGAGAGAAAAAUAAUCUGAUUAAGCUCAAAUGGUUACUGUGUCCUCCCAAAAGACUUUAAACUUAGACCCACCGCCAAAACGCUUUGGCUUUGAUACAAAAAGCAAAAAAAAAGACUAAUAAAUUCAGGGUCAACAGUGGGGCU